AUGAGCAGUUCAUCGGAGGAAGAAGCUUUUGCUGAAGACUCCAUGGGUCCUCUUGGAGGAUUCGUUUGGCCUCCAAGAAGUUAUUCAUGCAGCUUUUGUAAUAGAGAAUUCAGGUCUGCACAAGGACUUGGUGGCCACAUGAAUGUCCACAGGCGGGAUAGAGCAAAACUUCAACAAUCUCCUGAUCAGGAAAAAGAAGUUCUUCAGCUCGGAAAUCAUAGUCUGAAUCUUCCUGAUGUUAAACAUCAAUAUGAAGCUUGCGAAUAUGGUAGCAAAUCUAACUUUUCAGCUAUGUUUUAUCAAGAAAAUUCAUGUGAUCAUAUUCAUUUGCACGGCUCUCCUUCAUCUUCUCCGCGUAAAACAACGUUGGAAGAGAAUACAACAAAAGGACAACAAAUAUUAAAAUACGAUGAUGAGAUGAUAAGCCGCAGCAAUAAGAGACCCAAGAAAACUGGUGUCGCAUCAUUGCAAAUCUUUCAGAAAACCAACUCCAUGGAGGACAUUGAUCUUGAGCUAAGGUUAGGAGAUCCUCCAGCAGUGAAGUAG